AUGAUCCGCGCCGCACGUCAGGCGAUUGACGCUGCCUACCCGCCCCUGCACCGCCCUGUUCUUCUCGCCGUGACUGUGCUCACGAGCCUUGACGAAGUGGCACUGCAUGAAAUCGGCAUCCUCGCAACGCCUCGCGAGCAGGUCGUGCGUCUGGGACGCCUGGCCAUGACGGCCGGGGCAGACGGGCUGGUCUGUUCGGCAGAAGAAAUUGCCCCUUUGCGCCACGCGCUGGGCGAAGCGCCCGUUCUGGUCGUACCCGGCAUACGCCCCACAGGCUCUGACGCGAACGAUCAAAAGCGAAUCAUGACUCCAAGACAGGCCGCGCAGGCUGGCGCAGACUGGAUUGUGGUCGGACGUCCGAUCACCCAGGCGGCGGACCCCGCCGCCGCUGCGGCUUCAAUUCAGGCAGAACUCGCUUCCGCAUGA